UGUGUGUGUGUGUGUGUGUGUGUGUGUUUUAAAGGACAAAUUAAAUUUACAGAUCAGUUCUUUGGAAUAAUACUGCUUGGAAAGGACUGUGAGACAGGACCAAAACUUUGAGUCUCGCACACUCAGAGUCAUGCCGGCUGGGUUUCAACAGUUGGGAGGGGAGAGAAUAACUGGAACCCUCGCACUGUCAGUGUUCACCGCUGUACUGGGCUCCUUUCAGUUUGGCUAUAACAUUGGAGUCAUCAACGCUCCACAGAAGAUCAUUGAGCAGGACUAUAACUCAACAUGGACGGAAAGGUACUCAGAACCAAUCCCUCCACAAACACUGACAUCUCUGUGGUCACUCUCUGUGGCCAUCUUCUCCAUUGGGGGCAUGGUGUCCUCCUUCUCCGUGGGAAUCAUCUCAGAGUUUUUUGGCAGGAGGAAAGCAAUGCUUAUCAAUAAUGUCCUUGCAUUUAUUGGUGGAGGCCUGAUGGGGAUGUCCAAGAUCAGCCGGUCAUUUGAAAUGAUGAUUUUGGGACGCUUUACCAUUGGGACAUAUUGUGGGUUGGCAUCAGGAUUGGUGCCAAUGUAUGUGGGUGAGAUUGCCCCUACCAGUCUAAGAGGAGCUCUGGGCACCCUGCACCAGCUGGCCAUCGUCACAGGCAUUCUUAUCGCCCAGAUCUUAGGGCUGGAGUCUCUGUUGGGCAAUGAGCAGCUGUGGCCGGUUUUGCUGGGUGUUACAGUUCUACCUACAAUCCUGCAGAUGACGCUGUUGCCUUUCUGUCCGGAGAGCCCGCGCUUCCUCUAUAUCAUCCGCUGCCAAGAGCACCAUGCAAAAAGCGCUUUGCGGCGUCUGACUGGCCGUCUGGAGGUCAGUGAUGACUUGGCUGAGAUGAAGGAGGAAAAGAGGAGGAUGGACAUGGAGAGGAAAGUGUCCAUUCCUGAGCUCUUCCGCUCUCCUCUGUACCGGCAGCCCAUUAUCAUCUCUAUCAUGCUGCAGCUCUCUCAGCAGCUGUCAGGAGUUAAUGCUAUCUUCUAUUAUUCUACUGACAUCUUCAAGAAGGCUGGGGUGGAGAGUCCGGUUUAUGCCACCAUAGGUGCUGGAGUUGUCAAUUGUGCUUUCACUAUAGUCUCGGUCUUCCUGGUCGAGCGGAUGGGUCGCCGGACACUCCACAUGCUUGGACUUGCUGGAAUGUGUAUCUGUGCCAUCAUCAUGACAAUUGCCCUCACAUUACUGGAGACUGUGCCAUCAAUGAGCUACAUUAGCAUGAUGGCCAUUUUUGGUUUUGUGGCCUUCUUUGAGGUAGGGCCAGGUCCGAUCCCUUGGUUCUUUGUGGCUGAACUCUUCUCGCAAGGUCCCAGACCAGCAGCCAUGGCAGUAGCUGGCUGCUCCAACUGGACUGCCAACUUCAUCAUUGGCAUGGGCUUCCCGUAUGUUGCUAACCUAUGUGGUCCAUACGUUUUCCUGAUCUUCGCUGUGCUCCUUCUUUUCUUUCUGGUCUUCACAUUCUUCCGAGUUCCUGAGACACGAGGCAAGACUUUUGACCAAAUCUCAGCCACCUUCCAUGGUCAUCCACAAAACAUGAUGGACAUGGACCUAGACAUGGAUCAAGGGAAACACAGUACAGAGCUAGACUAUCUAGGAUCUGAUGGGACAGAGAACUGAAGCCUGAGAACGAGAGAGAUUGUGGAUGGGGGCCAGAAUCACCACAAUUUACCAUUCUUUGUGGCUUGGAGAGGAAAAUGCAUACCAAAAAGACAUUACUCAGAAGAGACUAUGUGGUCUUUGGAAAUUAAGUAUUAUAAAGAAGGAUGUUGGACUUAGGGAGAAAGUGCAAUGUUGUAUGAAAAGGAGCAAGACUUGAGAUUUGGAACUCUGCACUUUAACUGCACAAAGGUUUCCAUACACCACAAAGCCAGCUAUGCUUUUGCAUACAACUAGUAGCUCAUAGACUGUUCUUUUCAUUUUAGUGUUAUAUUAGGAUAAUGGACCCUUUUCACAUUUCCGGGGUUUUGAGAAGCGGAAGUCUUCAUAGUUGGGUAAACUUGUAUAUCAGUGAAUGGGAGACAACAGCAAAUAUAAUUUUGUAUUUCUAUCUGCUCUAAUAGCAAAGGCAAAAACAUCUGUGACAGCAUUUUCAUAACUUUCCAAAAGAGGGAAAAAUAUACAGAGAUUGAUUACAGCAGUCAGAAGAGAAUAAGAUGUGAAAAUAGCUGCCACUCCCUCGCAGCAGCGUUGAUUAUUUUUUUGUCAUUUACUGUCAACCAAGAUAAUAUAACAGAAAGUAUAGCAUUAUGUGUAUUCAAUAAAAUAAUCUUUACUAGAUUUGCGAUGUUGAUAACUGCAGAAACGCAUCAUUACAGUCUGUGAAAAGGGUCCUUGAAACAUUCUAAUACUGAUUAGUAACAAACUGUCAAAUACUUUCAAAGUUUUUGCAUAAAGCAAAAAUUUUACCAGUAGAUAUUUAAUGCUUUUAUCAUACAUUAUCCUCAACACACAUUAGAGAAACUAGUUAUGUCAAACCUUCAAUAUUUUAAUGACAGAAUCAAACAUCAAAACAUGCACAUUUUGUAAUUUCAGACAUGUAUAACUUCAUAGGAAGUAUAUAGGAAAUUGUUUGUGCUUAAUAUAUAGAGAACACUUCUUAUUCACUAUAUUAUAUAUAAAAAAAAAGUUUCACUGAGAAAUUAAAUGUAAGAUGUGUGCCGUUUGAUGAGUGAAAAAAAGCUGACCUAUAUUCCUUAUAUGUUCACUUAUAUUGUUACUAUAUGCCACAUUCUGAGGUGUAAUUAACUUAUUUAUAUGAUGGAAUAAAACAUGUUUUUGUUCUGACAAA